GUUUACCACUUAACAUAUAACCCACUCAUCCGGAAUAGUGACGGAAUUAACUUAAUCGUCAUAUUGUAAAUAUUUCCUAUUUGUCGAACCAAUCCGCAUAAUGUAAGUAGCCACGGUUAUUGUAAUUUCAUUCCAAUCGGGAUUAGUAGCUUAGAUAGUAGCUUAGAUUCCUAUCAGAAACCGGAAACCAAAAUCGUAAACUUUUGUCAAACAAUAUCACGACUUACUCCUUCCCUCUCUCCGAGGGGAUUCCCCUUCAGUAUUUUUGCAAAGCUGAUAAAAAACACGUAACGCUCGAAUCGAUCCCCGAGGGCCAAUAUCUGUCAUUGUUAUCUCGUCCGAGCAGCUUUUCAAAAAGACGCAAUUGUAGCAAACUUCUCUACUCCUCUUCCAAGGUUGAUUCCUUUUUGGUUUGAUUUUUUCUCAACUAGUUAUCCUUGGCAAAUUGAAGACAACAGAAGGUUCGGAAAUUCAAAUGAUCCGUCGUCCAACGCUUCCAAAUUUUCAAUUAGGGUUGACAUUGUUCUAAAUUUUGUAGAAAACUCAGACGAUAAAGAUUUGGUUAUUUCCUAAAUAGAUGUUUUAAUAUUUUGCAUUGCGCGGAAGGACUUUGCAUAUUAUGUCAGUGCACAUUCAGUAAACAACUCUCCCUUUGUAUCGUCAAGUGCCCGAAUAGGAAGUCAAGGUUGCUCCGGCUAAAUCACUGUUUAAAGUAUACAACACAAUCGCCGUGAUUCCAGUUUCUUUCACGCUGUUUCGUGAGCUAGUCGGAGUGAUAGGUGACUGCAGGUCUCAUAGGUUAUAUGCACUUUCUCGUGUAUAAAACCAGCGCAUGUUUGAUAUUUGGUUUCCUUGUUAUAACGUGAGAUUGUAGUCGGUGCGGUCACGUAAAUUUGCGUAACGUUUUAACUUGUCGGUUUGCAAAUUCACAAUGGCGUUAACCGCGAGAACUUUUUUCGUCCUCGUUUCAAUUGUGUUGCAUGAGUUUUUCAUCACAGCGACGUUCCAGUUGCAAUCUACUUCGCCAAAUUCGUCGAGCCUGCCAUUACCAGUGCCACUUCCGGCCCCGUCUGUCGUUGGGUCGAAAAACCAGUUCGUGAUACGAAAAUGUUGUGGCCCAGGACAAUUAUACAAUUAUAAUGCGGCGGAAGAUAUACCAGAUGCCGAUCGUUGCGUCAAGUUUUCGGUCAGCAGCAGCCAUCGGCAAUCACCAGCGGUUAAAAAAUCACGCGAAAUUUUCUUGGGAUCCAAACAAAGUUUUCCACCAGGAUACGGCGUUGAAGAUGUCCAAGUCAAUCCAGGAUUUCCGCGCAGUUGCACGCCGGAUGCUUGGGAUUUUUUAGAACCUGAGCUCAGAAUGGGCGAUCUCUUCUACGCCCUUUCUUCCGGACAGUUGUUAGUUCCUCAUCAGUUUUACUUCUUGGAAUUCGACAGCUAUUGCAUCGAAGACUAUGCGGACGAAAGAAACGUCACCAAGGCGAGAAGAAUGGCCUUCAUGUGUUUUAUGGAAACCCAAAAAUUCCCCUCAACUGCUAUCGACAGCUCUGGAAAAUUGAGACUGGAUUUCGUCAAAUCUGAAGAAUAUGCGGAACUGUUUGCAUCAAAAUUCAAUGGAAGGAGAGUGAUCCGGAAAUGCUGCCGUCAAAAUUCAACUUUAGACAGUACUUCUGAAUUUAAUGGCAGGCCCAGAUGCAGGGAAAAUCAAGGACUUGUGACGCCCUUCUUUGAAAAUCUCCAAUUGAAAGACAACUCGACCAAUUUAUUCUUCCGCUUUGGCUAUGCCAAUUGCUCCUACCCAACUCGUACCAAGCAAUUCCAAUUGAACUCGAACGGUAGUUUGGAAAUCAUGGUGGAUAACACAAUCGCCAACUCAAGCAAUCUACUAGUCUCUAUAGAAGAUUACUGUGUGGACGACAUGGUAGAGUUUAGUUAUGUCACCGGUUUACCUUUUACUUCAGCCUACGCCUUGUACUGCCCCGGUGAAGAACCAACUUUAAUCGAAUCAGAAUUCACUGAUGAAUUGACUGAAUUGCCAUCUACCGAUGCGCCAUUCACUGAUCCGCCAUUCACUGAACCAACAUUUACCGAUACAACUAUUAGUGAACCCGAGUCUAAUUACUCAAACAACGAAGAUCAAUCGGAUAAUUCGACUUCAAUCACCAUACCCAAAUGUUGUCCACCUGGGCACGUAAUGAGUGAAGAAUAUACCUGUCAGCCUCUAUGGUGGUGGCCCAGCGAACAAUAUGGAGACGAAUUUACUGAACCAGCUGUAAUUGUAUCAGGAUCCAUUAACUCUGAUUUUACGGCCUAUCACAGCAAUUGGAGCGUCAUCUUCGUUCCCGACCCAACGUUCAAUGGUUCUUGCAAACCCAACCAACUUCAACAACCGAUUCCCUUGUUUGCCGAAAAUUCUCAAAUUACUCCAAUAUUUCUAAAUGAUUCAAAAGGUGGAGUUUCCCUUUCACUCCACACGUUCAUUGAAAAUUACUGGGACGUCAAGUCGCAAGUUCAUUCGUUUUGUGUGGACCAAUUACUUUUCAAACAAGAGCGGGAAGUUUAUUAUAACCCCCAAGUUUUCCAUUGCCUUACCAUUGAGUCUUUUAAGAGUCAUCGUCCAGUAAUUCUGCUGAUUUCUACUGUGGGUUUAUUGGCGACAUUUAUUAUUUAUUUACUCGUUCCAGCUUCAGGUUCUGCCAAAAUGGUUAUAACUGCUUUUAAAGGAAAGAAAAGUGGUGGAAGAAGUAGAAAAACUACAAUGGCCAUGAUGUUAACCGGGCGUAUUUUACUUUGUCACGUCAUAUCAUUGGCAUUGGCAUUUAUUUGCUUGGCGAUUGGCCAACUAAAGCUGGUCGAAUCAGGUGAAAGCUCCUGUGUCGCCCUCGGCUACAUUACUUACUGGGCGUUUAUAGCCUCUUUCUCCUGGCUGACAGUGUACUGUUUUGAUUACUACCACAUCUUUAACGGAUCCUUUAAGGUCACCAACGAUGGGUUAUUCAUCCCGUAUUCAGCAUUUGGAUGGGGUGUUCCUUUCUUGGCAAUGAUCAUCACAAUCAUCGCACAAUUUCAAUCUACGUCGAUGGGUAUCUCUGGCGCUUUCAAUCCCAACUUUGGUUACGACCGCUGUUGGUUUCCUGACGAAAGCUCGUCAGCGCUAAUACUCUUCUUUUACGUUCCUGUUGGCGUUCUCCUAUUGCUUGACAUCUUUUUCUUCCUGAGUCUGAUGUUCAAUGCCAACCUGAUGCAUUGUUGGCAAAGACAACAAGACGUGGCUAUCCGUUCUAAUCGAAAGAGUUCUUCAGAUUCAAAAGAGCAGGAAGAUUUGAAAAUGGCGGUCAAACUAUUUUUCAUCACCGGAAUUCCUUGGAUCUUCGAAUUGAUUGGAUAUCUGGCAGUAAGAUUGGACGGCUUAAACUUGAGUCGGUAUUAUUUCUUUGAGUUCUGCGUCAUUAUCAACACCUCGCGCGGAGUCUUCAUUUUCGUGAAUUUUAUUCUUUUGAAUCGAGACGUUCGAAAUUUCUUGUGGUCCCGCGUCAAAAUCAUUUCCAAACGAGAAACGCUUGGCGGCGUCAAUGUGACUCGUGACACGCAUACCGACAAUGAUCUUUCCACGUCCAAUGCAACCACACAGAUAUCGUCCGUCCCUUGUUCCCAAACAAUUUCCAGCGUCGAAAAUGCACAAUGUGACGAGCAUAGCUUUUUAUAACCUUAAAAACGGUACCUUGAGUGUCAUUUGUACGAUAUCUCGCCAACCAUUACCUGUCAAAAACCUCCGUCUAGUUUCUUUUGGGGAUUUUGUCCAUUUGGUGUAGGGUCCACCAAAUCUAACCGCUGCUUAAAACAUUCAGUCGUUGUAAAAAUUUUGAGUAUUUUCAUGCAGGACGUUUCUCGUAUCGGCAUUUUCUAAAAGUCUGAAUUAUAGAUCUUUCCGAUCAAUAUAUGUAUCGUUUUCUAAGA